AUGUUAGAGCCAUCUCAGGCUCUGAGAAGCUCAGGGAGUGGUCUCCUGCGGGUGCCCACAGUCAGGAAUAAACACGGUAGUUGCCAGGAAGUUCAUGACAUUCCGAUUGACGUCAUAAUCAGGGCACUUCCUCCGGUUCUGGAGGAGCAGAAAGUCCAGCGUCUCAUCGAUACAUUGAAGGUAACAGUCCUCCGUCGGCAUUUUUCUCCCGUCGAUGUGUUCUGGAUUAAAGGAACAGAAAGUGGAAAUUAUUUCCACUCUUUUGGAGGAUGUCACCGCUUUGCUGCCUACCAGAGAAUGAAAAGGCAGACUAUCCCUGCCAAAGUCAUCUAAUCAAACAUCUCAAACCUCAGUAUUUACCUGGGCGCUUCAGCACCUGAUCUGCGAUGACCGUGGAGCUGUUAAAAGAAGCAGGAAGGAGAGGACAUUCCCAUGUCCUAUUUCUCUUUGUCGCUUUGGAAUGAUGAUUUCAGACAGUGGCUGCAUAGCAGAUGAUUUUCCAGCAGGGGGCGGCAAAACUCUGCCAUCAAAUGCUUCCAUUUUUACAAUUAAUAUUAUUAGUGUGACGCUAGUUGAACGUUUUGACAAAUUAGUAAUAGCACCAUUAUUGCUAGUGUGCAAGUGACAUAUCACUAUUUAUUCUUAACUGCUAUAAUUAGGGUUGCAAAGCGAGUGUGUUCAGUUUGAAGAGUGGUCUCAAGAGUUUGCAGCAGUCCACAUCCUUACCCAUGUAAAAAAAAACAAUCCCUUGUAAAAAGGGUUGAAAUGAUGCAAUAGUUUCUGAUGUAAUAGUAGAAUUCAAAUACAUAAAGGCUUGUCUAUGACCUAUGACCCUCCCCUCACUGCAAGACAUUUAUAAAACUAGAGUCCUACGCAGAACACACAACCUCAUCAAGGACAGCACACAUCCACAACACUCAUUAUUCACACUCCUACCGUCAGGCAGACGCUACAGGAGUUUGAAGUCCAGGACCACAAGGCUGGCAAACAGCUUUUACCCACAGGCCAUCAGGCUUCUCAACGAAGCACUCGCACACGCCGCACGCAACACACGCACACACUCAUAGCACUUUAUUUAUUUAUUUAUUUAUUUAUAUCUGUAUUAAUGUCUCUUCUGUUGUUGUUGCUUAAUUUAUUGGUAUAUGUGUUUAUGUGUUUGUUUCUUAUGUUCUUAUUCUUUCUUGUGUUUUCUUUCUUUUCUUGGUUUGGUUUAGUUUAUUUGAACAUGAACAUGAAGGUUACAAUGGAAUACAUCUCGUGAAUCAUUUUUUGACAGUUCCACAUGUCCAAAAGGAGUAGGAAGAAGCAAAGCUUAUUUAAUCCUACCCCCCAUCCAUUCUACAUCUAGUACAGUACAUGUAGUUCACUUCCUGGAUUCCAUGUCAUGUUUUCAGUGAUAGUCAGGAUAACACAUAAUAGAUAACGGUGAGAUAACCCUCCCCCCAAAAAAAGAGAGAACAUUCAUAAUAAUGAUAAUAAUGAUGACAAUACUAAAUAAAUAAAUAAGAACAAAGCUUUUUUUUU